AUGAAGAUUCACAUGCUGGUGCAUAGUGGUGAAAAACCUCAUGAAUGUCCUGAGUGUGGAAAAAAAUUUAGCGAACUUAGUCAUAUGAAAACUCACAGGAUGGUGCAUUCAGGUGCUAAACCUCAUGAAUGUCCCGAGUGUGGUAAAAGAUUCAGUCAACAGGGUCACAUGAAGACUCACAGAAUGGUACAUACAACUGCUAAACCUUUUGAGUGUGCCGAUUGUGGGAGAAGAUUUAGAGACCGUAGCAGUAUAAAAAAGCACAUGCCUGUGCAUACAGGUGUUAAACUUCAUGAAUGUCCUGAGUGUGGGAAAAGAUUCAGUCAACUUGGAAAUAUGAACUCCCACAGGAUAGUGCAUACUAAUGACAAACCUCACGAGUGUUCCGAAUGUGGGAAAAAAUUCAGUUUUGUUGGAAAUAUGAAAACUCAUAAGAAGAAUCACAAAAUUCAUGAUACUGGUGAUAAAUCUUUGGCUUGA